AUGGCCCUUCAGAAAGUUCAAGAGAGACACCCAGACAUCUUUCAAGAGAACAACUGUUUGUACUGAUAUCUGCAGCUUCCAUGAACUUAGGUUCCAUGAUGGCCUAUUCUAUCCUUGGGCCCUUUUUCCCCAAGGAGCAUUCCUACUCCAGGGGAUGGGACAGGACUCUCUGGAAUGAGGAGACUUUUGUGACCUACUAUCAGACAAUGUAGGUCAGAGUUCUAAGCCAGGAACCGUGGAUGAAAACCAAAAUAUAUGUAUCAUAAUAUCACAGAACCUGUUGAAUUAAGAUGGAGAUAAACUGGAGUAAGUGGAUCAACCAGUUAGAAGGGAAUUUCCUGGUCCAGUUGAAACUACUGAGUGAGCACAAGUAAUGUCAGUUUUCUCUAAGUGGAACAGGAGCAAAGGAAACCCAGAUUGCUGAAAAGAAGGGAGCCAGCAAUACCAUGAUUGGUAUGAUCUUUGGAUGUUAUGCUUUAUUCGACUUGCUGGCAUCCUUGGUAUUUGGAAAAUAUCUUGUCCAUAUUGGAGCAAAAUUUAUGUUUAUAGCAGGAAUGUUCAUCUCAGGAGGAGUUACAAUUCUUUUUGGUCUCUUAGACCAAGUUCCGGAUGGACCCAUAUUUAUUGCUAUGUGUUUUCUAGUGAGAAUAAUAGAUGCGUUAAGCUUUGGUGCAGCAAUAACUGCAUCAUCUUCGAUCCUCGCAAAAGCUUUUCCAAAUAAUGUGGCUACAGUUAUGGGAGGUCUCGAGGUAUUUACUGGACUGGGACUAGUAAUAGGUCCUCCUUUAGGUGGCUUUUUGUAUCAAUCCUUUGGCUAUGAGGUGCCUUUUAUUUUUCUGGGAUGCAUAAUUCUGCUGAUGAUACCACUCAACAUAUAUAUUUUACCUAGUUAUGAGUCUGAUGCAGGUGAACACUCAUUCUGGAAACUUGUCACUUUACCCAAGGUUGGCCUGAUAGCCUUUGUUAUCAUCUCUCUCAGUUCCUGCUUUGGCUUCCUUGAUCCGAUUCUGUCUCUCUUUGUUUUGGAGAAGUUUAAUUUACCAGCUGGAUAUGUGGGACUGGUCUUCCUGGGUUUGGCACUUUCAUAUGCCAUUUCUUCACCACUCUUUGGCCUGCUGAGUGAUAAAAUGCCACAUCUAAGGAAAUGGCUUCUGGUUUUUGGAAACUUAAUCACAGCAGGAUGCUACAUGCUCUUAGGACCCAUCCCUUUCUUGCAUAUUAAAAGUCAGCUGUGGCUGCUGGUGUUGAUAUUAGUUAUAAAUGGCAUCUCUGCUGGAAUGAGUAUUAUUCCGACUUUCCCGGAGAUUCUCAGUUGCGCAUAUGAAAAUGGAUUUGAAGAGGGAUUAAGCACGCUGGGACUCGUAUCAGGUCUCAUCGGUGCCAUGUGGUCAGUUGGUGCUUUUGUGGGACCAAUGCUGGGUGGAUUUCUGUAUGAGAAAAUUGGUUUUGAGUGGGCAGCAGCUAUACAAGGCCUGUGGACUCUGAUAAGUGGGUUAGUGAUGGGCUUAUUUUACCUCCUGGAGCACUCAAGGAGAAGAAGAUCUAAGUCUCAAAACAUCCUUGGCACAGAGGAGGAACGAGCUGCUCUCUUGCCUAAUGAAAUCUAGUCUUCUGAGUCCUGGAUCAAUGCAGAGUUGGGAGACAGAUGCUGGUGGCUCUGCACAUCACUGUUGGGAGCAUCUUCGCAGUUUUGUACACAGAGCUCCAUGGGGCCCCCACCACUCCCUGAAAGUGUCCACGUGCUUUUGGAUGAUCCUGUGUUGGGCUGUGCUUGAAGUGGCCCUGAAAGACUGACCAACUGAGCCAACCAUAUUUGAAACAUUAAUUAUGAGAAAGGUAGUUGGAAACCAGCAAAAGAUCGUGUUUUUAUAUGACCAAACUUGUCCUUGAAGAUGCUGUUAUGGACUAUUUAGCCUUCUUAUUUCCUCUGUUUACUUUUUAUUCUGAGUGCACUGAUUCUGUGAAUGGAAUGUACCUUUUUUUAUUAACAAGGAAAUGAUUUGAUUUGCUAUAUACUGAAUAUAUCAAGAUGACACAAAAUACAUAGAAUAAUUACUAUGAAAUCAGGUCUUAAAACAUAUAUUUUCUCUGUGUCUUGAGAUUUUUGUU